AUGCGUGCUCAUUCUGCCCUCAUCGUUCUCUCCCUCUUCACCACUACUGCUUUCGCAGCCGCCAUUCCUGGGAUCGAUACAGGAUUGAACGUCAGAGACGGCAAGAGUAAACGCGACGGUGAAGCUGCUCUUGGAAACUAUGAGAUCCACAAAUCAUAUGAAGAUCACGCAAUUGCAAAACGUGACGAUGAAGCCGCUCUUGGAAGCUAUGAGAUCCACAAAUCAUACGACGAGAAGACCAAACGCGACAAUGAAGCAGCUCUAGGAGAUUACAAAAUCCACAAAUCCUACGAUGAGAAGGCCAAACGUGACGAUGAAGCAGCUCUUGGAAACUAUGAGAUCCAUAAAUCAUACGACGAGAAGACCAAACGUGACAAUGAAGCAGCUCUAGGAGAUUACAAAAUCCACAAAUCCUAUGACGAGAAGGCCAAACGUGACGAUGAAGCAGCUCUUGGAAACUAUGAGAUCCACAAAUCGUACGACGAGAAGACCAAACGCGAUGAUGAAGCGGCUCUUGGAAGCUACGACAUCCACAAAUCGUAUGAAGACCACGCAAUCGCGAAACGUGAUGAUGAAGCUGCUCUUGGAAGCUAUGACAUUCAUAAAUCAUACGAAGAGAAGACCAAACGCGACGACGAAGCGGCUCUUGGGAACUAUGACAUCCACAAAUCAUACGACGAGAAGACCAAACGCGACGAUGAAGCUGCUCUCGGAAACUACGUUAUCCACAAGUAUUAUGAUGACUAG